UGGGUUUUCUCUUAAAAGUGAUGGGAAAUCAUGCGCAGAAAUAAAUGAGUGUCUUACAAAUAAUGGUGGCUGUACACAUACCUGUACUGAUAACUAUGGCAGUUUUGUAUGUUCCUGUCCCGAUGGUUUUCUUCUUAGUCCUGAUAAGUUGACAUGCAUUGAUAAGUCGACAAUUAAAGAUGCUUGUCACCCAAGUCCUUGUAAACAUGGUGGAAAUUGUUCCCUUGCUGGAAAUGUUUACGGUUUUGUUUGCGCAUGCGGGGACUCGGGAUUCGGAGGCAUGCUGUGUGAUAGAGGAAUCUUAACGUCUAAUAUUAUUGAUGAUUCGUUCAACUCUGGACAGAAAUCGGGAUCCAUUCAAGUGCAGGCAAAGCCAGAUACCAGUCU